AUGGUGCCAGUACUUGUGUACCUAAAUAUCAAAGAUGAUACUCACAAAGCGUGUACUGGCGGUUUAUUUGGUCGUUUACUUGGCCGUUUAUUUGACAAAAGUGAUCACCAACAACGGUGUUUAUGGCAGUUUGUUGACAAGUCGUUACAACUCCACAAGGCACCUGUGUUAGAAAUAUUAGCGAUAGAACUGAUCGGUCCUUUUAGAUGUCAUGUUGAUGUGGGAAAGUGGAUUGCAAAUGCUGUUGAUCGUAGGGUGCGCGAGCUGGCAUUGGUGACCGCGUGGACAGCGGUGGAACCUGCCCAUUUGCCUAAGAGCUUUUACACAUGUGAUACGAUUUUUAAUCUAUAUCUUGUCGGCAAUAUUCUUGUGGAUGUUCCUUCUCGGGUUUUCCUCCCAUCCGUCGAAAGCUUUGGUCUUUACUAUGUGCUGUAUAAAGAUGAAGAUUCCCUUUUUCGGCUUCUGUCGAAUUGUCAUAUUCUCAAAAAUUUGCUCGUGAAACGACAUCACCAUGACAACGUGAGAAAUUUUAAUAUAAAAGUCCCAUCUUUGGAAAGCUUGUAUUAUGAAAAUGUUCUUUCUGGAGUGCACAAUGAAGGAUCUUUGGUUGUAGAUUCUCCGACUUUAAAGAAAUUCAUCUACAGCGAUGUUUCGGGAGAUUAUUGCUCCAUUGAGAACAAACCUUGUUUUGAUAAAGCAAGUAUCGACUUUAUUAGUCACCCUGAUGACAAGUUUAUGAGAUCUAUUUCCCCAAAUCUUCAAUUAUUUUUGGAUGUUGCAUCGGCUGCAUGGUGUAACUCUAUUAACUUCUCCAAGCUUAUGGAGUGUAAUGUAACACUUUCAGCUGAGUUAGACUGGUUGGAAUCACUGAUGGGAUUGCUACAAAAUUAUCCUAAUCUUAAAUAUCUUUACAUCGACCAGACAUUGAUUCAAAUUGAAGAGGAUUUCUCACUGUCAUGGAACUAA